AUGCCGCAGCGCCGCCUGGGCUGGACCAGCGGCGACGCCGCCGGCCUGCCCAUCGCGCCGCUGCUGGUGCGCGUGGAGGAGGUGCGGGCCGGGCUGAUCGAGCACGCGAUACGCUUCACGGCCAGCCACAGCCGCACGGCCUACGCGCGGCCUGCAAGCCACUUCGCCCCGUAUAACGAGAUUCCGAACGCCCCGUGGAUGGGCCUGCAGGCCCGCCUCAAGGCGUCCUUCCGGUGCGCGGGCCUCGUCACCACCGCGGCGCGCACCAUCUGCACUGCCAUGAAAAAGUACGGCCUGAUCCUGGCAGACAACGGCUCACCCUGGUACUUUGGGGGCGAGGCCAGCCCGUUGUGGGAGACCGACACGGGCGUGAUCUCCAACUUUGACCAGUUCCAAACUGAUAUACGCUCCAUCAAGGGCAGCAACUUUGAGGUGGUGGACAACGGCGCCUGCCUCUGCACCAAUGAUGGCUGCACCACGUGCCCUGACACGCCGCCACCCUCCACGUCCCCAAACCCAUCAUCGCCGUCGCCGGGCACAUCCCCAAACCCACCGUCGCCGUCCCCGUCCCUGUCGCCGUCGCCAAAGCCGGGCGGCAGCACGGAGGUCUUCCUGCGCCGCGGGUUGGCCGCGGCAAAGGUGGACGGCUCAAGCGACCCGGCAUACGACCAGGUGGUUGAUGCGGUCAUAUCCAAUGCUGCCGCCAGUCCGGCCGCACCCAACGGCAACACCACCUUCUGGCCUGAGUCCCAGGCGCUUACACUGCAAGAGGCGCCCUCAGCGGGGGCGUACACUAGUCGCGCCCUGCUGCGAUUCGGCCUCAUUGAUCUGUAUGUGCCAAAGAAGAAGACCACCCUCUUGUCGGCAGAGCUCACCCUGACAUUCAUCAACCCAGCCGCGUCACCAGUAGCCGCCCAGGGCUUAGUCAACACCCAGGCGUGGCUGGGCACCAGGAUCAGCGGCCUGGACGCCUCGCGCCAGCUUGGCUGGACGGUGCGGCAGCCGGCGGCGUCCAAUCCGGGCAGGAGGGCUCCUCAAAAGUGGUCCGUGCCGGGCGUCUGGCCCAAGAGCAAUCGGGUGGCCAGCCUGUUCACGUUCACCAUACCUGCAGGCGUGACCACAGUUACCAUACCGCUCCCAGUCGCCAAGAUCAAGCCCUGGCAGAGCAUUAAAAACCGGUCAAACUUUGGGGUGCUGAUCAGGCUGGCCGCGGGCGAGGCGGGGCCCGUGACAGUGGUGGGCAGCCUGGGCGCUGACGUGGCGUCGAGGCCGUCGCUGAGGAUAACGUGGGUGACCAAGUGA